CCUCCCCCACCCCCCGCCCUCAUAGCAUCCGACCACCACCACGACAACCGCCCGCACCUCCUCCUCUCCGCUACCGGCUCCGUAGCAACGAUAAAACUCCCCCUCAUCCUCUCCUACCUCUCCACCCACCACCCAAACCUCUCAAUCCGACUCAUCCUCUCUCCCACCGCCCUCACCUUCCUCUCAGGCCAGUCCGCCGAGCAACCCACUCCCGCGACUCUCCUCGCCACGAUCCCGACGCUGGAAGCAAUCUACCUGGAUUCUGAUGAAUGGCUCCGCCCCUGGGUGCGCGGUGAUCCAAUUCUUCAUAUCGAGUUGAGACGGUGGGCGGAUUUGAUGGUCAUCGCUCCCCUCUCCGCGAACGCGAUGGCGGGGCUUUGUGGCGGCUUCUCCUCCUCCUUGAUUCUCAGCGUCGCGAGGGCGUGGGAUGGGACGGGCACCAUCGACGAGGAAAGACCAUCCGGAAUCAUCCUAUGUCCAGCGAUGAACACCGCCAUGUGGAACCACCCGGUGACCUCGUCCCACAUGGCGAAAUUGGAAGGGGAGUGGAAUGUCGACAGGGAAGGCGGGUGGGUGGAAGUUCUCCGACCGGUGGAGAAGAAUCUGGCCUGUGGAGAUGUGGGCAGUGGAGCGAUGAGGGAGUGGAGGGAGAUUUGUGGGCUGGUGGAGGAGAGGUUGGGUUUGUCG